CGGCGCUCCAUUCUCGCCAUUUUGAGCACAGAGUGAAGCACUUUUACAGCCCAGGAAUAAAAUCUACGCGUUACAAGCACCGAGGCCAAAGAUCACACAGAACUGCUGCAUCAGAAUGGAGGACAGCAGUGGUAUUGCUGUUCUCGUGCCUCAGCCUAGAUGCCAGCAGGAUGCCGUUUUCAUUCCUGACCCACAUCUUCACGAUGGCAAAGACCAGCAACGGCAACAAAAGCAGGCUGCUGACUCUCUCAUUCAGGUCAUCGAGAAACUCAGCAAAAUUGUGGACAAGCGACCCCGGCGGUGCACGGUUUCUGGGAAAAAGAGACCCUUGAUGACUUGUGCUUCUGUACCUGUUCCAGACAGCAGAGACAACCCGAGUGGGGCCACACCUUGUAAGAGAACCCGAGAGCAGAGGAAGGACCACCCGGGAGCGGAGUUUGAACACAAACCUUCCGUUCUAGGCACUCGGACUGUUACUUGCUACCAGUGCAGUAUGUGCCGAUUUAUCUCGCCCACGUUGGAGCUGUUGAAGGAGCAUUUGCAGUGCCAUGACGAACAGCACAGUGACCUCAUUCUCAUGUGCUCAGAGUGCCAAUUUACUUCUAACCAACAAGAGGAGCUAGUUGCACAUAUAAGACUUCAUCUGGAGGAGGGGGGGCAUGCGAGAAACAUCACAGAAGAGCAAGGGACAAUAUCGGCGAGGAGGAAUGAGCAAGGGAUGACAGUCUUGAAGACUGAAUCAGAGGAUAUAUCUACACCUAAGAAGUGGUACAGCUUCGAGACAGGUAGGUACCGUUGUCUCAUCUGCAACUACGAAUGCAGACAGCAACGCAAUCUGAAGACCCACGCGUGGAGACAUGCAGGCCUCGUUGACUGCUCGUACCCUAUAUUUGAAGAUGAGACGGAGUGUCCCGAUACUCAGACAGUACAAACGCAAAGCUCUAGUUCUCCUUUUGCUCAGACAGGAAAGGAGGAUACCAGUACAGCCCUUGGCGGUGUUGGUUUUAAACCUCAGAUGGUGCAUGGUUCAUCCAGUCUCCGGCCAGAGCUGUGUGCCUCACCUGAAAUGAAGUGUGAUGGGGAGACUGGAGCUGGGAAAUCGGUAGAGACCAAAAACCCUGUUACGAACCAAAUUUUUUCUAUUAAGGACUCUCAGGAACCCGUAUUGGAGGUCCAGGUAACCCCAGAGGCGCAAAUGGAGCUGGAGUUAGAAACAGAGAACCAACAGGGAAGCUCUGACAGCCUUCUAUCCUCAGCACAAAAGAUAAUCAGCAGCAGCGGCAAUAGUGCAGGCCACGUCAACGUCAUUGUGGAACGCCUCCCCUGCGCCGAAGAGCCAGUGUCAAACAAGCCUUUGCUCCUCAGUCCAGAAGUUGGAGGAGACAAGACUCUUCUUGCCUCUGAGGAACCAGAGUUGGAGAGCCAACAUCACCCUGUAUAUUGCAAACAAAACGAGGAGUUUAAGGAUGUUGGGGAUGGCUGGAAUGGAGAUGAUCGACAACAGAAUAAGGAGACAGUGUCUUCAGGGUCUCACUCAGAUGAAAAUGUGCCACCAGUUCGGAGAAGAACUCAUUCAGAGUCUCUACGGCUGCAUUCUUUGGCAGCCGAGGUGCUGGUGGCCAUGCCCACGAGGGCCCCUGAGCUUAACAAAAUUGCUUUGAAGGGUGUGCAUGGCUUAGAUACGCAGAACCCUGACACGGGCCAGAGAAUUAUAGAGAUUUCUACUACAGGCCCCAAGACAAACUCAGGAGAGCUCACUGGUGUGAUUGGAGAUGCAGGUCCUCUUCCUAACCUUCAGAGUUCAAAAGAUCCAAAAGAUGUACUGGUAGGAGGUCCACCUAAUGCUGGCAUCAGUAUGUCUCUUUUAACCGUCAUUGAGCGACUGCAGGAGCGUUCAGAUCAAAACACGUCUGAUGAGGAUAUUCUGAAAGAGUUGCAGGACAAUGCCCAAAGUCAACAUGGUGGUGGAGUCGCAGGGGUUGUUGCUGGAUCUACGGAUGUUUCCACUACAGAGGGUCUGGUGGAGUAUAUUGCUGGAAAUGAGAGGCCGUACCGCUGUCGACUGUGCCGUUACAGCAGUGGGAACAAGGGCUACAUAAAGCAGCACCUCCGUGUGCAUAGACAGAGGCAACCUUACCAGUGUCCCAUCUGUGAGCACAUCGCCUGUGACAGCAAGGACCUGGAGCGUCACAUGAUCCACCACUGCAAGAGCCGCAUGUACAGCUGCAAACAGUGCAGCGAGAGUUUCCACUACAAGAGUCAGCUGAGGAGCCAUGAGAGAGAGAGACACGGGAUUGAUGACAUCAGCAGCACGCUGACCCACGUCACUGAAAGCACAGUAACUGUGGAAGAAUCAGAAAAGAUGACAGAUGAAGAUCCAUCCAGUGAACAGAGCAGUUUUAAAUGUGAUGUAUGUGACUACACCAGUUCCACCUAUGUCGGGGUGCGCAACCAUCGGCGAAUCCACAACUCUGAUAAACCAUACAGGUGCUGCAGCUGUGACUUUGCCACAACUAAUAUGAACAGUCUGAAGGGCCACAUGAAGAAACACCCACAGGAACAUCAAGCCAUGCAGCUGCUGGAGCAGUACAGGUGCUCCCUAUGUGGUUACGUGUGUAGUCACCCGCCAUCUCUCAAGUCUCACAUGUGGAAACACGCCGGAGAUCAGAAUUAUAACUAUGAGCAAGUGAACAAGGCGAUCAAUGAGGCCAUUUCCCAGAGCGGCCGAUCACCUAUUUUGCCUCUGAAAUCAGCACCUGAGACUGUGGUGGAGCGUCCAUAUGUUGUCUUAAACAGAAAAGACAAGCAGUCAUUUGAGAUGGCUUCUCUCACAGGGCCAGUGAACACGGGCACACCGGAGGGUAGCCCUGUGAGAUCAUCCUCCAGCGGGACUGGGACUGUGGCAUGGCGCGGCGGCCCGGGGCAGUCGCGGCCAGGUAUGGAAUAUUGUGUGCUGCUUUUCUGCUGCUGUAUCUGUGGAUUCGAGUCCACCAGUAAAGAGCAGCUGAUGGAGCACAUGAAGCAGCAUGAGGGAGAUCUCAUCAGCAUCAUACUGAGCAAAGAGCAGCAGGGAAAUCAGUCGAAAGAGAUGAGCAGCGGCCAGUGACCCAUCACACAUACUGGGUUCCUUUGUUUCAGCACAACUUUACUGUCAAAACAUCUUUUCGUCUCCUCUUUUUUCCUUUAUGUCCUCCGUCCUUCUUUGUUUCUUUCUCAGUCUGUGUUAGUUUCUGUUUGUUUUAUUGACCAUGGACACAACAUUUCAAGAGAUUCAGUGUCAGAUCAAGUAUAAUUGCUAUUUCAGCACAGGAAGGAGUCAUUUCAUUGUGAAUUAUGCAAAUCGUGAUUUUUUUCCAAAAACAUUUAAUACCUCAUCGGUUUAGAAUAUUUUCUGCAUAGCGAACACACAUUAUGAAACCAAGGCAGCUUCUUCUGUUCACUGUAUUAUUAUUUAAAUCUAUAGUUCUUAUGUGCAUUUACUUUUAAGUUGGCACCUGCCAUGCCAUAUUUGAAAGUAUAGAUGCAGAUUUCGUUCAUGUUCUCAAAUGUGUGUUAGUGUUUGCAUUUUGAUAUUUAUCAAACUAAUUUAUUUUUAUAUGCAUGUUCCCUCCCGUUAUGUUUAGUUUGGUGCUAUAUGUUCUGCACUUAAUAAUGAGUGGAGAAAUCUUUACUACGAAUGUAUCUUAAUACUGUAUAUAAACAGUAUAUUAUUAGUUUAAUUGUUUUCUGAUUGAAAUAGCAGCACAAGUGUAAAAACUGGCCCAGUAAAAACUUUUUUUAUGCUACAAAGGGCUUGUUCUUACGAGGCUUUAUUAUUGUUAUUAUUCAUAUAAUAAUCCAGUUAUUACAAAAGUUAAAAUGCCAAAACUUGAAGGCUUGUUCUCAUUCUAUUUUUUCUUUCAUGUUUUUCUUUCCUUUUUGCAGUACAUGGAUAAAUGUCACACACAACUUUUUUCUUUUAUUCAAUUUUAUACUGCUGUAAUCGCAAUGAAAGCCUUUACGAUUCAUAACUGGGUCAUGGGUUUGAAAAAAUGUAGUUCUAUAUUUUUGCUUGAUCACUACCUCUGGAAAUUCCUAGUGAUAACUCUCUAAUUCUCGAUUUGACCUUAGAUUCCUUCAAUUUGCCCCUUAUAUGCUUCAUAUCUACCAAGGGAGAUUUGCAUGCACUUAAAGUUUGUUAUGUCAACAGUCUAAAAUGUAAAAUUAGUAUGAUAAAAGGGCAUUCAUAAUUCAUGCAGACGUGUCAUCGCUCAGUAUCAGAGAACUUUAAUCGGAGAAAUUUAAUCAUAGGAAUUUACAUACCAGAUUAUUAUAUUCUAAACCUAAUUUACAAUUCAGACUGCAAGUGUUACAGAAAUAGUGACGUGGUCUGCAUAUAAACCUUGUAGUCGUCUUUAACAUAUGCAUCUUAAUGAUGAAAACUAAUACUCGGAAACCUUUACCAGUUUUGACAUUGCUUAUCAUUCAUGAAGAACUUUUUAGGAUGCAUUUAGUUAUUUUGCAUGUGAACACUUCAAAGCCUUGUUAUAAAGUAAUGCCAGCAAAGAGAAAUUGGUCUUAAAAGAGCUUAUUUUUGCGUUCCAGCUGUUGUGUUUAAUUUGGUUCACAUCUAUUGUGUGACGUAGCAAAUUAAUCAAGAUCCAUUGGAAUUGGCAGGCAUUUUGUUCAUGCGGUGUCCCGACAACAUGUUGUAUUUGGAAUUUUAGGUUUAGUCUACUCUAUUGGUUGUUUAUCUACAUAUCUGCUAAGAACAAUUACAGUGCAUCUGGAAUGUAUAUUUUGUAUGAAGUUUCAAGUAAUCAGCACCUUCAUUAGGAAGACAUAGUUAAUAGAUUUGAUAAUCAUACAUUUCUGGUAAUAAGAAGAGGAUCUUUGCCACAAGUGUGCCUUCCGUUUCAACAGCCUCAUCAUUAAUAGAUAUUUUAAAGAAAAGAUAAGUUUAGAGAAAGAUCUUAAAUCUUAAACUAAGCAGUCUAACUGUAAUGAGUACAAUGACAUUUUAAAUCCAGACCUUUUCCCACAUAACAUGCCCUUAGAAUUUUGGGUGCAGGGUACUGAAACAUGGUUUUGUAUAUACUAUCAUGUUAUACAUACUGUAGAAAACUGACAUUUUUAGAGAUUAUAUUUUUUAAAGUUUAUAAACACUACAGAAAAGUGAUCAAAUGAAUCAAAAAUGACAUUUGAAAAAAAAAAGGUUUUGAAGUGAGUGUAAGGGAACUGUUGGCAUUUGCAUCUGAAAACAGGCACAUUACAGGACGCCAUGCCAAAAGACGGAAAGAGGUUUCAGUGUUUUACCGUUUAAAGGCCUUUCAGUUUUUUUCCCUGUCAAGUGCUGAGGGCCCAGUUUUGUAUUAGUGUUUUGUUCUCAAUUAUUUAUUUGUUGUUCUAAAACUGUAAUGUUAUGAUUUUUGCUAGUGUAUUUUUGCUAAUAAAAAUGAAUACCAUA